AUGCACUCAUCUGUCACUAAUAUACAACCAACCACAACCGCAUAUACACGCACUGCUCAUAUGGACAACCUUACCGGCUUACAACGAACACCCAUGAUCUCGCCUUACGACCAUCCUCUAGACAUCAAGCAUGAUCCGGCAGAGAAGCGCCAUGAAAAGAGAAACAAGAACGGAUCAUGUGUUGCUCCGGAAGAAGUCCCAUCGGAGAAGCACCCUAUGACCAAGCAGUACCUAUACCAGGCUGGAACCAGACAGUCCCGUUCCAAUGGUGAAAUCGAGGAAAAGCAUUGCAAUUUCUGGUAG